AUGAAUGAUAUUGAUCUAGAAGAUGCUGUUGAAUUGGCCAAUCAAAAGCAUCAGCUUCGUUUAAAGAAGAAAAGAGACCGAUAUCGUAAAUCUCGUUUAAGAAAUAUAGAAUUCGAAAUAAAUUCUUCUCAACUGACUACUUCAUCUUUUGGUUCAUCACCCAACCAAUAUAGUCCACGUGAUGUUCCUUCAUUUAUCGAGCCUGUACCUGAAAUUCAAACAGACGAUCUAUCAUAUGUCGACAUGGACGAAGAUGAUGAAUUAAUUUUGAAUAUCGACAUGAUUGAUCAAAUUUCAGCGUCAAAUUCAAAUACUGAUCAAGAUGAAAUAGAGGAUACACCAUCUUCUAAUGAUUUUCUUCAUUCAUAUACUGAUACACCAGCAGAUACAUUUUGUUAUCGACUUGUUUAUUUAUUUCGUCAAUCUCAACUUUCAAAAACCCAAUGCCACUCAUUUAUUGAUUUAAUUCAUUCUGCAUUACCACAACCCAAUAGUUUACCACCAAAUAUGAAUCAAUUAUUAUCUAUGUUACAAUUAAAAGUUAAUUUCUUUCAAAAAAGAAAAGUUUGUCUGCUAUGUUAUAAUGAUUUAGCUGGAGAUGCACGUAUUUGUCUUAAUUGUCCAACAUCAGCUGAUUCCAAUAUUGCGAUUAUUUAUGAUUCUGAUUUAAUGUCUAUUCUUUCAAUAUUAUUAAAAAAACAUUGGAAAACAAUUUGUACGUAUAAAGAAGAACUACGAUCAAAUAAUGAUGUAUCAGGUGACCUUGAUAUUGGAUUUGCUUAUGCUUAUCAAAAUUUGUUACGUAAAUUUCCAAAUGAAAAUUUUAUUACUGCUUUGAUGCAUCUGGAUGGUGUUGGGUUAUGUAAAUCUAACAAGUUAAAGAUGUGGUUGCUCUCAUUUUCACUUAUAGAACUACCGGCGAAAGUCCGGUACCAAAGAUACAAUAUGCCGGUUGUAUCUAUUUGGGUUAGUUCCAAGGAACCAAUUGCAUCUGUAUGGCUCAGAAAUAGUAUUGAUGCUUUAAAAGAACUUAAAGUCUCAGGAAUUGUUCUCAAUGAUGAAAUUGUAAAAUUAAAGGUCUUAGCUGUAACUGGUGACUCGCCAGCCCUUAAAAUUGCACUUGACUUCAUCGCCCACAAUGGGUAUUACUGUUGCUACUUUUGCUACUUGCCUGGUAUCCAUCAAGGUGGCAAGCGACAAUAUCCAUACCAAUGUCCACAUGUAAUGCGAAUGCCUGGUAAUUUUGCUCGUGACUCAAGUACUGCAGCACAAUUGAAAAGCAAUGAAAAGGGUCAUUUAGGUGUUUCUAUUUUUUCUGAAAUACUUGAUAUCAAAUUACCUUAUUCAACCAUCAUUGACUAUGCUCAUGCUAGUUUACUUCGACAUUCGAAAUCCAUGUUUGUUGAAAUUUAUCGUCGUCUAAGUCCAGUUAUUCGUGCUACUAUUGAUAUUGCAUUGAGUCAACAGCCAUUUCCACAUUUUUUUCAUCGUCGUAUGAAAUCAUUCAAGGAUCUUUCCUUCAUUAAAGCCACUGAGAUCCGUAACAUACUUUUCUAUGGAUUUCUCCCGAUUUUUCAUCAACAUCUGCAACAUGAUUAUCUUGGUCAUUUUGCCUUGUACAUUUGUGCGAUGCGAUUAUUUCAUGGACGUGCUAUACUUGGCCCUCGAACAUCUGAUAUUGCAAAUGAUUUAAUAAUGAAAUAUUAUCAAGAUUUUAGUUCUUUUUAUGAUGGAUUAGAAAACUUCGUGCUUCAUCUUCAUUCCCAUUAUGAAAGACAGUACAGAAUGUACGGAACAUUUUCACAUCUAGGUUCAUUCGGUCAAGAGAGUCUUAUCGGUUAUAUAGGGUCCAACCGAACAGGUACUACUCAUCACGGUGACAAUAUUUGUGAGAAUUAUGGAAUUGAUUUGAUGCUACAUCAUCAAAUCGAAAACUUAUACUCAUACACCAAUAUAGUCGAUGGACCAUUCGAUCCAGACUUGAACUUCGACUUUAAAUCAAAUGAUAGUAUUAUUGAUUUUUAUAAUGCUGAAUGUAACUGUAAAUCAAUUACCUGUUGCUUACGGGCAUUUCGACGGUAUGCCGUGAAGCAACGAAUCUAUCAUUCAUUAAUUUAUAAACAUCGACAGAAGAGCGUGAGUUACUUCGUUCGUUAUUGCUCUAAAAAUAACUCAACUUCAUGUUUAUUUGGAAAAAUUCUCAUGUUUUUCAAAUUUUCAAAUUCGAACUCUACAUAUGCUUUAAUUGAACAAUAUUCAGCUCAAGGUCUAUUUUCAGAUUUAUUUGUUUCUACAACGUAUUAUGAACUAUUAUCUAAAGCUAUUGACCAUUUGUUUUAUGUAGUUUCAAAAAAAUGCUCUUUGUGUCAUGAUGUUGUCAUCGUUUCGCAACUAUCAGAACAUUGUAUCGUUUUUGACUGUGAAGAAUAUCAUAUUAUUACACCUGUAUCGUCGUAUGACGAGCAUGACUAA